UCUCAGACCCGCACACCCGUAGCCGCGCGCCGCGGCUGGGGAGCGGGACCCCCAGGGGCCCUCGGGCCGCUCUCGGGCGCCGCCCCCGCCCCUGCCUUUCCCGGGAGCGGGGUGCGGGGGGCGGAGGGCAGCGCGGUGGGCGCGGGGCCCGGCGGGGCCGCGGUGCAUGGCCCUGCGCAGUGGGGCGGGCUGCUUCGGCCGCGUCUGGCGCAGGGUGGCGGGGCUCCGGGACGCGUGGCCCCGGCGCUCCAGCAGCCUCCUGUGUCUGUCCGCCUUCUCGGCCGAGCCCGGGCCCGCGCCGCCCCUGCCCGGCGGGCCGCCUCGCGGUGGCGGUGGCGGCGGCUGUGGCGGCCCCGGCGGAGGGCUCCCCCCUCAGGUUCCCCGCCCCCCGCCUCCCCGCCGCCGCCGCUGCUGCUGCUGCUGCUGCCGCCGCCGCUUACAACUUGGAGGCGGCGGCGGCGGCGGCGGCGGCGGAGGAGGCGGCGGCGGCCGCCCGGCGCUGCAGUGGGACGCGCGCGGCUGCGAGCCUGCGGGACAUGCCCCCCGCGCCGGCUCCUUGCUGGCGGCCAUGAAGAGGCAGAACGUGCGGACUCUGUCCCUCAUCGUCUGCACCUUCACCUACCUGCUGGUGGGCGCCGCCGUCUUCGACGCCCUCGAGUCGGACCACGAGAUGCGUGAGGAGGAGAAACUCAAAGCCGAGGAGAUCCGGAUCAAGGGGAAGUACAACAUCAGCAGCGAGGACUACCGGCAGCUGGAGCUGGUGAUCCUGCAGUCCGAGCCGCACCGCGCCGGCGUCCAGUGGAAAUUCGCCGGCUCCUUCUACUUUGCCAUCACGGUCAUUACCACCAUAGGUUAUGGGCACGCAGCUCCUGGCACGGAUGCAGGGAAGGCCUUCUGCAUGUUCUACGCAGUGCUGGGCAUCCCCCUGACGCUGGUGAUGUUCCAGAGCCUGGGCGAGAGGAUGAACACCUUUGUGCGCUACCUGCUGAAGCGUAUCAAGAAGUGCUGCGGCAUGCGCAACACGGAGGUGUCCAUGGAGAACAUGGUGACCGUGGGCUUCUUCUCCUGCAUGGGGACGCUGUGCAUCGGGGCAGCCGCCUUCUCCCAGUGCGAGGAGUGGAGCUUCUUCCAUGCCUACUACUACUGCUUCAUCACGUUGACUACCAUUGGGUUUGGGGACUACGUGGCCUUGCAGACCAAGGGCGCCCUGCAAAAGAAGCCGCUCUAUGUGGCCUUUAGCUUUAUGUAUAUCCUGGUGGGGCUGACUGUCAUCGGGGCCUUCCUCAACCUGGUGGUCCUCAGGUUCUUGACCAUGAACAGCGAGGACGAGCGGCGGGAUGCUGAGGAGAGGGCGUCCCUGGCCGGGAACCGCAACAGCAUGGUCAUCCACAUCCCUGAGGAGGCACGGCGGGGCCGGGCGCGCUACAAGGCGGACGUGACCGACCUGCAGUCUGUGUGCUCUUGCACCUGCUACCGCCCGCAGGAGCAUGGCACCCGCCCUGCGGCUCACCAGAACUCUUUCAGCGCCAAACUGGCCCCCCACUACUUCCACUCCAUCUCGUACAAGAUCGAGGAGAUCUCACCAAGCACAUUAAAAAAUAGCCUCUUCCCAUCUCCUAUCAGCUCCAUUUCUCCUGGGUUACACAGCUUUACUGACAACCACAGGCUGAUGAGAAGACGGAAAUCCAUUUAGUGUUUGUGUAUGUGGUGUGUGUGUGUGUGUGUGUGUGUGUGUGUGUGUGUGUGUUUGUUGGGUGGGGUAGGGUGGGGCAGGGCAGGGACCUAUGGACCGAAAAUAUUCUUUGUCGUCUUUGUACUUCAGUUCCAUUGGUCCAGCUCCCCAGCUUGUCUUUUUGUCCUUAUUUAUUUAUUGUUAUGAUGAUUAGCCAUUGUUAUUAUCAUCAUCAUGGUUUCUUUUUUUUUCCCUUUCUUGGUUGCAUUUCUUACCCACUCCCCCUGCCCUCUUCCCCCUGUCUCCCUGCCCCCCAUCUUCCAGCGAGACAGAGCAGGCCAAAGGGGAAAGGAAAAUGCCUGUCCUCUCUGAAAACUCACAUUUGAGCAUGAAGCAUGAAACAUGGAUUUCUUCCUUCCCCAGGAAGUAUGCCUUACAUUUCUCCCUGAACUGGCCCCAUCUCUGGGGUGAAGGGAGGCUUUCCCAGAGCAGAUAUAAGACCAGGACCACCAGACAGAGCUGAGAGGAUACCUAACCCAAAGCUGCACACCAGGCUGAGAGCCUUGGAGUGUCCCCCCAUAGUGGCAUCUCCAACAGAAUUCCUUUAUCUUUUCCUCCCUAAGAAGUUGUGUGUGUGUGUGUGUGUGUGUGUGUGUGUGUGUGUGUGUGUGUGUGUGUCUACUUGUAUAUGUGUGUACCAUGUGACAAAAAGGAAAGUACCAGGCAACCAUUUUUCUUUCCCAUCACACAAUUUUAUUGAUAGUCUGCUUUUGGCUGCUUCCAAAACAAAAUGGGAAAACAAAACCCAUGAGGUUUUUGAUUUACCAUCUCACCAAAUCAAGCAUGUUCCAUAAGCAGUCUUUAUCCCAGAUGUGUCAUGACCAUACUUUUCCAAAUACUAGGUUCUAAAUUCUCUUUAACUUCUUUUUAGGGGGUGGGUGGGCAAAGACGAUCAUGAAUCAUUUUAGCUUGCCAGUUCAAAAAAAAUUUUUUUAAUAAGCAUGCACUUUGUUAAACUGGUAUGCAUUAUCGACAUGGCAAAACUAGCAAAGGAGUAAUCAAAAAGCCAAUGAUACUAUUAAUUUAUUGAAGACAUGUUUACUUUUGUCAUCUCCAGUUCCAAAAAUUUACCGUGCAACUGGAAGUGUCAGGGGCAACUGGAAGAGUGUCUGUUAUUUACCUCUUAUUUUGUAUGACUA